AUGUCGUCUCCCGGCAAGCCGUUGAAGCGGUCACGAGCGGAGGAGGACGAGCACGAUGCUCUUGUUGCAGCCGCCGUCGCAGAGAACCUCGCCGCAGACGCUGUAUCGGAACCGAAAGCCAAAAAGGCCCGAACGGAAGCAAAUCGCUCUCUUUUCGUUCGGUCUCUUCCUGCAACCGCCACUAGCGAAUCCCUGACCGAUUUCUUCUCCGAACAUUUUCCUGUCAAGCAUGCGACGGUCGUUCUCGACAAGGCCACCAAAGCAUCCCGAGGCUACGGCUUCGUUACUUUGACAGAUGCUGAAGAUGCCACGGAGGCCAAGAAGAAGCUCAACAAUAUCCUCUGGGAGGGACGCCGCAUUAAGGUCGAUGUUGCCGAAGCCAGAUCUCGCGACGCAAAAGAGAGUGCCGUCGGCGCGGCCGCGUCUAGCUCGAAGCAGAAGCGUGCGGAAGAUCUCGAAGAGGCCAGGAAAGCCCCGAAAUUGAUCAUUCGCAACCUUCCUUGGUCUGUCAAGUCGUCUGCGCAGCUGGGUGCACUUUUCCGCGCCUACGGAAUCGUCAAGUUCGCCGAUCUUCCCCAAAACAAGGGCAAGCUCAAGGGUUUCGGUUUUGUCACUCUUCGCGGCAGGAAGAAUGCCGAGAAGGCCUUGGAGAUGAAUGGAAAGGUCAUUGACGGAAGAACCAUUGCUGUUGAUUGGGCUGUGGGCAAGGACGAAUGGGAAAAGGUCAAUGGCGCCAGAGAAGAUGAAAGGGAGGAGAAGCCAAAGAAGGAGCAGCAGAAGGUGGAAGAGGAUGAGGAGGAACCAGCCGAAGACGAAAAUUCCGGCAAGGAACUCACUGGAGCCGACGCAGAUCUGGAGAACUUCAUGAAAAAUCACAUCAUGAAUCUCGAGGACGAGGAGGAUAACGAGGACGAGGACGAGGAUGAAGAUGAGGAUGAGGAGCUGUCUGACGGAGAUGAGGCCAACGAAGACGAGGAUGAGAAGAAGCCCGUCAAGAAGCCGCAAACAUCAACCGACAACACAUCAACACUUUUCAUCAGAAACUUGCCUUUCACCGUCACCGACGACCAAUUAAAGGAGCAUUUUGUCAAGUUCGGUCCCGUCAGAUACGCUCGCGUCGUCAUGGAUCGGGCAACUGAUAGACCUGCGGGUACCGGAUUUGUCUGCUUCGUCAACGAGGAAGACUCAAAAGCCUGCAUCAAGGGCGCGCCACGUACACAAGCCAACACCCUACCUACAAAGCACUCUGUAUUGCAGGACGAAUCCGCAGAUCAUGACGGCCGCUAUACUCUGGAGGGCCGUCUGCUGCAGGUUGCUCAGGCAGUCAGCAAAGAUGAUGCCGAGCGUCUGGCCGCCGACGGCAGUGCGAAGAGACGGGAGAAGGACAAGCGCCGUCUGUUCCUGCUCAACGAGGGUCAGCUCGACACUAGGUCUGCUCUUUACCACAAGCUCACGCCCAACGAGGUGAAGAUGAGAGAGGACAGCGCCAAGCAGCGCAAGAAGCUCGUUCAAAGCAACCCCUCGCUGCACAUCAGUCUCACCCGCCUGGCUGUCCGCAACAUCCCCCGCAACAUUGGCGCCAAGGAGCUCAAGGAGCUGGCCCGCAAGGCCUGCGUCGAGUUCGCCACGGAUGUUAAGGAAGGUAGGCGCCAGCCCCUUUCCAAAGAGGAGAAGGUCAGAGGCGCAAAGGAGGACAAGGAGGCCGAGCAUGACCGUAAGCUCAAGCGCAAGGGUAUUGUCCGCCAGGCCAAGAUCGAGUUUGAGAGUCGUGAGGGUACCAAGGUCCCAGAGACCAGCGGUGGCAAGUCCCGCGGUUAUGGUUUCAUCGAGUACUCUUCCCACCGCUGGGCGCUCAUGGGCCUUCGUUUCCUCAACGGCUAUCAGAUGGAGAACGAGCAAGGCAAGAAGCAGCGCUUGAUUGUCGAGUUUGCCAUCGAGAACGCCUCGGUUGUCGCUCGUCGCAGGGCCAACGAGAAGAAUCUUGACCGCAACAAGCCGAAUGCGCAGGCUCCCCAGACCGCGCAGACCGGAAAGAAGGGCGGCAAGUUUGACAAGAAGGACAGCAAGGAGUUGCCCAACAUGGCUUCCAUAAAGGACCAGAAGAAGGGAAAGAAGGGCAAGAAGGGUAACAUGAACAAGGGACCCAAGGUGGAGACCGAGGAGAAGGGGGAAAAGAAGUCUGGUGAUAAGGCGCCAGCGGGCAAGGUUGAUCGCGAAGACGUCAAGCCGCUGCUCAUUGCGAGAAAGCGAUUGAUGAGGAAGAAGAAGGCCUCAUCCCGAGGCUAG